AUGAAAGCAAAACAAGACGAACCGCAGCCUUUCAUGACUUCACACGACGAGGUUGCAUCCUCCAGUGGUGUGAGCGCAAGUCAUGAUGAACUAUCACGGAAAGGCUGGAUCAUUGGGGGGAAAUAUCGCACAGGCAUCUAUGAGGAAGGCUCACAAGGAUUGAAUAGCCAAUUAUUGCAAGAGGUGGACGUCGAUCUUCCCUUGACUGUGACAAAGCCGGUGGAACACCACGGUCAGCACUUCAUCAUUCUGGAUUUUGCGGAUGGUGACAAGGAGAACCCCUUCAAUUGGAGCGGAAAGAGGAAGGCUUUCAUUAGUCUUUUGCUAUGCAUGAUGACUCUGUUCAUCGGUCUUGCCACGACAGCAUACAGCUCUGGUAUCUCUCGAAUGACCGAAGACUUCGGAGUCUCGACUGAACUCGGACAGCUGGGCCUGUUCACGUUCAACUUCACUUGUGCUCUUGCACCACUCUUCCUGGCUCCUUUUUGUGAGCUGGCUGGCCGAAGAGUCAUUUAUGUCGGUGCUUAUGUCUGCUUCGCCCUCAUGUUCAUCGGCCUCGCACUGGGAAAGAAUAUCGCCACGAUUUUGGUCUGCCGUGCCCUGCUCGGCCUAUUCGGAUGCGUGGGAACGAUUUUGGUCGGUGGUACGUUUGGAGAUAUGUACACUCCAGCUCACCGUGCAGUUCCGAUGGCCUCCUUCGCCUUUGUUGCCAUCUUUGGUACUGUGGCUGCGCCGAUCUAUGCUGGCUUCAUUGAUCAAGCCCUUGGCUGGCGAUGGAUCGAAGGCAUCCAGGGUCUCGCCAACAUUCCCCUGGUCAUCAUCAUCGCCGUCUUCCUUCCCGAGACUCGUGGCGGCGUGACCCUCACGAAGCGGGCCAAGGCAAUCCGUCAAACCACGGGUGAUGAGCGAUAUGUCACUGAAAACGACCUUGUGGCGCCUGGCAUCAAAGAGAUGCUCCACAGCUCCUCUGUGAAGGCUAUUCAAAUGCUCUUCUCGGAGCCUGUCGUGUUUGCUUUCGGUCUUUGGAUCAGUUUCGCUUGGUUCUUGACCUUCCUCUUCCUUUCCGCCAUCCCCAUCACCUAUCAAGAGAAGCGUGGCUGGGGCGAAGGCGUCUCCGGUCUUCCCUACAUUGCCCUUUGCGUCGGCACGACCCUGGGCUUUGCUCUCAACUUCUUCCAAAUCCGCAAGUACCGAUCCGUCGUCGCCGAUCCCAACAAGGAGACUGGCCCCGAGGCACGUCUCUAUGGCGCUCUGUGGGGUGCCGUGUGGCUCCCCGUCGGCCUCUUCAUCUACAGCUUCACCCAAUAUAAAGACCUCUUCUGGUUCGGUCCCAUUGUCGGUCUUGUCUUGAUUGCUAUUGGCAUCUUCUUCAUCUUUGAGUCGUGCUACAGCUACACCUCUGACUGCUAUGGCGAGAACUCGUCAUCCGCCAUUGCCGGUCAGGGUUUCAUGCGUAACACUCUGGGCGCUGUUUCGCCCCUCUUUGCCUCGCAAUUCUUCCACAAUCUGGGCAGUCAGUAUGCCGGUCUCCUUCUGGCUCUCAUUGCCACGCUGUUGACUUUCAUUCCCUUCAUCCUGUUCAAGUUUGGACCUGCUCUGCGAGCGCGGUCCAAAUUGGCUAGCAGCACGGUCAGCAAGGGUACUGGGAGCCUCUAA